AUGAACUCCAGAAUUUUCAUUCUAUGCAUUUUCCUUCCCCAUGUGAUACCAGUUACGAAACUGAUCAAAAUUUAUGGAGAAGUUGAAUCUGGUCCCAUUCCCAUUCCAAUUGAUUCUGGAACUGGCUGUGUAAACUCAUGUUAUAUGGAUUCUGACUGUUUACUAGCAAAUGAUGCGAAUGGUCAAUGUUCUCUUUAUUCGUUUUCUGCUACAACAACUGAACUGAAAGUGAUGAGAUCGUGGGAGGAUACCGGAAGCCUAGUGUACUUCAAGGUGUCAUUAUUGGAAUGCCCUUCAUCUUUCAAUGAUGUUGGUCUAACAUUUACUUCUGAAACGGGAGAAAGGUAUAAUUGGAAGAAAACAGAAUACGGAUUCAGCUUCGCAAGAUGUCGUGAUGGCUGGAAAGAAUUUGAUCGAUCCAGUGGUGUGUCGGUUUGUAUGAUGGCUGUCAGCAUACCUGGAAGUGUGAACAAGACUCUUGCACAAGAAAAAUGUGAGAGUUUGAAUUCAACGUUGAUUGGAUUGGAAACAGAAGAAGAAGCACAAUGGAUGUUUGGUGAGAUGAAAAGACUGAAGGCAGGCGGCAGGUACUGGCUUGCCGGAGAGCGUAUCACCAAUUCAGGUAUUUAUGGUUGCACUUCCACUGAUUUCAAUGUAAAUUGGGGGGAUGAUGGAAUGACAACCGGAAAUGAUAUCAUGAAACAUCCGACGAUUGCAGAUCUAAGCUGUUUGGACAAAAAAACCGUACGGGUGAAUUACGUUUACCAAAAUGCAGUUUGA